UCUGCCGCAGGUCAUCUAUAAAGAUAAUGCGAAAGAAGGAAGAAAGGGUGCAGGCUUUGAGGCUUUGGCUACUUCCUGUCAUGUUCAUUUCCUAAUCGCUCUCAGCCAAGAACAGAACGUUACCGUUUAGUGUGUUUGGGUUUUAUUCGGCGAGGAAAAUGUUCCUGUUACCAUCCACGCUGCUACUCGUCUCUGCAGUCGUGUACGUAUGCCAUGCUGAGCAGAUGCUGAAAUGUCCCUACGACAAUGUCCGUCCUCAAAAAUACCCGGAGAGAGUUUGGUGUAAAAGGGAGGCAAACAAUCAGAGCUGCUGCAGAGGGUUCACCUUCACGUCCGGGGAGAAGGAGCUGGACAGCGGGCGUCUGAGCGUGCAGGACGACGGCAAGGCCUUCACCGUGUCUGUGAGGAGUCUGUCUCAGGGGGACGGAGUUUACUGGUGCGGCCUCAAGAACGGCUCCGGCAUCAUCAUCAAACUGGCCGAGGGAGAGAUCCACAAUCCGCUGAACUUGGCCUGGAGCAUCAUGCGCUGGCUGCUCUUCGUCCUGCUCCUUCUGGCCGUGAUUUCAACUCAUAUGUGCUGCAACAGCAAAAAGGCAAAGGUAAAUUACGUCUCCUGACGGCUACGUCUUCGCAAGUACACCUUCACAUAUACGAUAUAUCUGAAAUAACGUGAAAAACGUUUGUGUGCAAAAGUUUUUGCACCCCACGCCAAUAGCAUGUUUCCCCCCCCUGCAAAUAUUACCGCAGUUGCUUGAUGAAAAUGGAAACGAACAGCAUGUGUAAAAGUUUAUCAGUUGUAAAGUCUCUUUAGAAUUGAAUUAAGCUAAGUGUUAACUGACUCGUUUAUGACUCGUUGGUGAGGUCAAGUAUUGUCAUUAAAGAACAAUAAAUCGUUAUGUCAUUAACUCUUAAAACCUAGUGCUAACACUCAACAAGCGCCUCUUAUUAUUAUUAUUAUUAUUAUUAUUAUUAUUUUCACUUCAAAAAUCAACUAAAUAUGGUGCCCAUAUCUUUGCAUACUUUGUGCAGUGCAUGUAGGAUUAUUGUAAACAUAAUGUGUGUGUGUGUGUGUGUCAUAAAUUGAGAGGUUUAAUCAAAUCUGUAACUGCAUAACUGUUAUCUUGUUUCAGGAUUGAGGCGUACGGUCUGAAAAUGUCCAGAUGGAAAAGAUUGAACGCUGUUACGAAGAAUGAUCUAAUAUAUUAAUACUAAACUUAUAGUUUGUGCAUAAAGCUUAAAAAUGUGUGUAAGAGAUUGUAUCUCAGCUUAUAUCUAAAAGUAUCUCAGCUUAUAUCCUUUGUUAACCCUGCAGUUACAAUAAGUGUAAUAUUAAUAUAUAAAAAUUAAAUGUGUGUGUGUGU